AUGCUCUAUGCUACUCCCCUCCCAAAACCAGAUGACCGCUUCGGAUCGAUCGGCCCUUUCCAAUCCAAACCAUUCUGUUUGAUGUCAAAAACAGUAUAUCUCUCUCUCAGAGCUAGUUCUAUACAAAUGUGGCAAAAAAUUCUUGGCCAUGGAGGCCAAGGUACUGUUUACAAAGGCAUGUUGGCAGAUGGAAGAAUCGUUGCUAUAAAGAAGUCUAAAAUAGUGGAUGAAGGCAAACUUUCAGAAUUCAUUAAUGAGGUUGUGAUCCUUUCACAAAUUAACCACAGGAAUGUGGUUAAAAUAUUGGGAUGUUGUUUGGAGACUGAAGUUCCUAUUUUGGUUUAUGAAUUCAUACCCAACGGAACCCUUGCUAAGUAUAUCCAAGGGCAAGUUGAGGAGUUUCCACUUACGUGGGAGAUGCGGUUACGAAUUGCCAAAGAAAUCGCGGGUGCACUUUCCUACUUGCAUGGUGCAGCUUCCUUUCCCAUUUUUCACAGAGACAUCAAAUCAACAAACAUACUGUUGGACGAAAAAUACAGAGCAAAAGUUGCUGAUUUUGGAACUUCACGAUCAGUUUCCAUUGACCAAACUCACAUGGCAACUUGUUAA